UGCCAGCAAAUGUGGCGUGCGCUGCGAAAAGCGCGAAAAUGAGCCCUUUAACCCCUGUGGUGUUGCAAAAUUUCAAAUUAACCCCUGCGCACACCAAAGUACGUUACACAUUCGAAAAGUUUUUCAUCCAAAAGCAAUCCUUUUAUCUCACGCCAGUUUGAAUAUAUCUAAGGGCUAAGGGGCAAAGCGCUUGAAAAUGAAAGUGAAAAAGGCCCACUGGGCCAUGUUCGCGAUUACGGUGGCCAUCAUAAUAUGCUGCAUGAUCGCCAUCACGGUGUUCGCCGGAUUCAAGCACGAGGACGUCAAGUUCAAGACCAUGCUGGUCAGCAUGGUGAUAGUGCUGAUCUUCCAGUACCUGAUCGCUGACCCAAUCAAGUUCGUCAUCCUCUCGCUUGACCGGGCACUAUGGCCGCCGCGCAUCUACAUACCACCGCGAAAUGACAAGGAUGUGGGCGAGGAGACGGAUGAGAAGCAGUACCGCAUGGAUUUCCUGAGGCAGCGCCUGCGCAGCCAGCGCUCCAAUCUGGUGCUAUCCUCGCGCUACCGGAACUACGCGCUCAACGAGCAGUACAAGAUGAUCGCCCUGGAUGUGUUCACCUACGGCAAGUACUUCCUCUGCCUGAUGUGUUUGGUGCUGGUGACGCGGGAUCAAACUCUGUACCACAACACGCGCAGCAUCACGGAGCUGUUCAUGUUCAACCACACGGACUACACGGGCCUGCAGGAGGUGUACUUCCUCAACCAGCUCUUCGACUUCAUCGAGUCCACCCUGGUGAUUGCCUUCAACUCGAAUGCCACCGAUGGCAGCGCACCCGGCUGGGUGCAUGCCGAGCAGUCGGUGCUCCUGGGCGUGAUCCGGCUGCGCCAGCUGCGCGUCAGCAAUCCGGAAAUCGGCCUGGACGCACCAAAGUUCACCGAAAUGCACUACAUGCCCGACUGGCAGCUGCCCUACCGGAAGCUCCACUACUCCGACAAGUACUGGCGCAUCUACGAGCCCUGGAUACCCGUCAGGCUGAGCCUAGAGUUCCUGGACGCCGUGCUCAUGAACUUCGACCACGUGGGCUCCCUCAACAGCUAUCCGGAGCUGGCGGGCUACGUCAGCCUGCUGGCCAGGAGCGCGGCGAAUAGCCAGAAGGUCAUAGACUACCUCAUCGAGUACCACUGGCUGACCCUGAACACCUCGGCGGUGUUCAUCGACUUUACGCUGUACAACGCGGACGUGAAUCUGUUCAGCGUUUGCACGCUGCGCGUGGAGAAGACCCCCUUUGGCGGCAUAGUGCCCGACGUGCAGGUGGACAGCGCCAAGCUGCUGGAGAACGUCGACCAGAUGCCCUACACGGGGCUGGCGGCCCUGCUCAUCUACGUGCUGGUCUUCAUUCAGUUCUCGCAGACCUUGGCGGUCAAGUUGUGGUACGAGCCGCAUCUGCUGAAGAGCAUUUGGAACAAGCUGGACCUGUUCAUCUUUCUGGUGAACGUGAUGGUGAUGGUGCUGGUGGUGAUCCGCGAGUCCAUGGUGGCCAGCAUGAUGAAGAAGGUCGAGGGCGCCAGCAAGAUGGAGUUCAUCGAUUUCCGGCGUCCGUCGCGCCUGCAUCAGUUCACCACGGUCACGAUCGGCAUAUUGAUUUGCAUAACCACGCUGCGUUUGUGGCGUGUCCUGCAGUUCUCCAGUGUCUUCAAGCUGUUCACCCGGACGCUCUAUUUGGCCUGGUCUGCGGUGGCCAGCACCGCGAUAGCCAUCGUUAUAUUCCUCAUUGGCUUCUGCUUUGCCGUGGUCACCAUCAAUGGGAACAACAGCAGCAAUUUCAACAACUUUGUCAAGAGCAUGGUGAUGUGCAUGUGCUUCUCCUUCGGCUUCAGUGCCCAGGUGAAGCCAUCGGAGCUGUUCCAUGGCGGCAAGUGGCUGGGCAUUCUGCUGUACGGCGUGCUGGCCUUCGUCAUCAUUGUGCUCCUGAUAAACGUCUUUGUGUCCCUGAUCAACGACUACUUCGCCGUGGCCAAGACCAUUAGGGACUCUGAACAAGAGAAUGGGAUCAGUUUCUUUGAGUUUCUGCGAGUUGAGUUAUCGGGCUGGUGUGGCUCUUUCCACAAGUUGCCCUGCUUUCACAGGAGUUACGACCGUAAGGGGCGUACGGUGGCGGAGAAUGUGAGCUGGGAACUGGAUUCCAUGGACAGGAAGCGCUCGAUGAGGCAGAGGCAGCGGCAGGGCUACUACCAAGUAGCUGGCCAAGAAUCGGCCCAGGACGCCCUGCUGGCGUACACGGAUCGCGGUGAGAAGAUAGUCAACGUGGGCAAUGUCCUCAGCGCCCAGCUCACCUUGCUCCGCAUGAUCCUCUUCGACGACGACGCUGAUGGAUGGCAGGGACAGCGGGCACAGCCGGAAGCGCCAGGUGCAGACCCAGGCAGUUCGCCAUCGAAGAAUAAGCGCCAGGAUGAAGCCGAAGCCUAGAGAUGAUUGUGUUGCUUGUA